AUGGUGGAGACUCGCCGGAGCUCCGCCGCCGUGGCCGCCGGGAAGCGCCCGUCCCCGUCGCCGUCCUCUUCGUCCGUACCUCCCCCGAAGCGGCCCAAGGCGGAGUCCCCGGGGUCACCGACGGCGUCCGCGCCCGGGAGGGCCGAGGAGGAUUCCGUGGCGGGAGCGGCACCCGCGAGGAGCACCGGCUCGGCCGAGGACGUGUCGGCGGUGGCACAGAAAGAUCAAGGAGCGGAUAAGCCUUCUUCCGCCGCGGCCGAGAGUUCGAAGAGGAGGAAGGAGCCGGAGCAACAGCAACCCGCAGCACCAUGGGCGAAGCUGCUCUCGCAGUGCUCACAGCCUUCUAGAACCUCCGUUGCUAGCGUAAAAGCGCAUCCGUUACAGAUAAAGAGAACAGGAGACACUUCAGCUGUUGCUGGUACAGAGAUGUUGGCAUCUACAUCUAAUCAGCCGAAGGAUGUAGCAGCAGUACCUCCGGCGGCAGCCGGAGAGAACAGCCAAAGAGUAGUGCGGCCAAUGGCAUCAUCUGCUUCUGAUAAAUCAAAAGGGCGUGCUGUGAGCCCUGAUAAGGAAUUUGAGAAUGGGGAAAAUGCUAAUGAGGUAAAUUCUAACAUUGAAGACUCUCCAAUGGAUGUCGCUGCAGCCCCCAUAUCUCCUGAUGAUGCUGCGAACGAUACCUGUCAACAAAAUGGCUUUGGGCCUGAUACUCAUCUUGGUGCAGAAAUCGGUAAGAUUGCAACCUAUAAGAUAAGGCCAGUUCUGACGAUGAUUAGAGGAUCAACUAUAUCCGAGUUCGAUUUGACUGGUGAUCUUUUUAAAGCUCUUGAAGAUCAGAGGGAUCUCAUCAGGGAUCUUAACGCUUCAACCAGUGUGCCUCCAAGUAGAUGUCAAGCCUUUAAGGAUGGGAUGAAACAAGGAAUUAUUAAUCCAAGUGAUAUUGAUGUUACCUUUGAGAAUUUUCCUUAUUAUCUCAGUGAGAAUACAAAGAAUGUGCUCUUAUCAUGUGCAUUCAUACACUUGGAAAAGAAGGAGUUCAUCAAGCAGUUUGCUGAGAUUUCAUCAAUAAAUCAGCGAAUUUUGUUAUCUGGUCCAGCAGGUUCCGAGAUUUAUCAGGAAACAUUGGUAAAGGCACUUGCCAAACAUUUUGGUGCUAGACUCCUUGUCGUGGAUUCACUUUUGCUGCCUGGGGCACCUUCCAAGGAUCCAGAAUCCCAGAAAGAUGUUGGGAAGGCUGAUAAAUCGGGGGAUAAGGCAAUUGCUGAGAAGUUUGCAAUAUAUCAGAAGCAUCGUUCUUCGUUGGCAGACACUGUUCACUUCAGGAGGCCAGCUGCACCAACUUCCAGUGUGAAUGCUGAUAUUGUGGGAACAUCCACUCUGCAUUCUGCAUCUCUACCGAAACAGGAAUCGUCAACAGCUACAUCCAAGAGCUAUACUUUCAGAGAAGGUGAUAGGGUGCGUUAUGUGGGUCCAGCUCAGCCACCCUCGUUGUCACAAAGGGGACCAAGUUAUGGUUAUCGAGGCAGAGUGAUGCUUGCUUUUGAAGAUAAUGGAUCCUCAAAAUUGGAGUCAGAUUUGACAAGCAGAUCCCUGAUGGUCAUUUCAGAAGAGAACAAAGCUGGACCUCUGAUAGUGUUACUUAAGGAUGUAGAGAAAUCAUUCACUGGAGUUACAGAGUCACUUUCAUCUUUGAGGAGCAAACUUGAAUCGCUUCCAUCUGGUGUUCUUGUUAUAGGAUCCCACACCCAGAUGGACAGCCGCAAAGAUAAGGCGCAUCCUGGAGGUUUUCUUUUCACAAAGUUUGCCAGUAGCAGCCAGACACUUUUUGACCUUUUCCCGGAUAGCUUUGGUAGCAGGUUGCAUGAAAGAAGCAAGGAAAGUCCAAAGGCAAUGAAACAUCUAAAUAAACUUUUCCCAAACAAAAUUUCGAUCCAGCUUCCACAGGAUGAAGCUCUACUUACAGAUUGGAAGCAGCAGUUGGAUCGUGAUGUUGAAACACUUAAAGCCAAAUCAAAUAUUGGUAGCAUUCGCACGUUUCUGAGCCGCAAUGGAAUUGAAUGCAAUGAUCUUGAAGAAUUAUUCAUCAAAGACCAAUCACUGAGUAAUGAAAAUGUGGACAAGAUUGUUGGGUACGCAGUGAGUUAUCACCUUAAGCACAAUAAAAUUGAAACGUCCAACUCCAAGGAUGCUAAACUUGUACUCACAACCUUAAGCAUGGGCUCAACAUGCUGCAAAGCAUGCAAAGUGAUAACAAGAGCUCCAAAAAUCACUGAAGAGAAUGAGUUUGAGAAAAGGCUUUUGGCGGAUGUUAUACCACCUAAUGACAUUGGAGUUACCUUUGAUGAUAUUGGAGCCUUGGAGAAUGUAAAGGACACGUUAAAGGAGCUGCCUUGCAAGGGGAUAUUGCUUUUCGGACCUCCUGGCACUGGGAAAACUAUGCUUGCCAAAGCAGUAGCAACUGAAGCAGGUGCUAAUUUCAUCAAUAUAUCAAUGUCGAGCAUUACAUCGAAGGUAUUAUUUCACCUAAUGGGCAACUGUGGUUUUGGUGAAGGAGAGAAGUAUGUAAAGGCUGUUUUCUCACUAGCAAGUAAAAUAGCCCCCAGUGUUAUAUUUAUUGAUGAGGAAGGAGAAAAUCCAGGGGAGCAUGAAGCGAUGCAUAAGAUGAAGAAUGAAUUUAUGGUAAAUUGGGAUGGGUUCUGCACUAAAGAUAAGGAGCGUGUGCUUGUUCUUGGUGCUACAAAUAGACCGUUUGAUCUGGACGAGGCUGUGAUUAGGAGGUUCCCCAUGCAGGUUAAUGCGCAUUAUCCCAUUCGAGAAAUUCUGGAGAAGGAAAAGAAGGAGAAGAAUUUGGCUAAAACAGAAGGUAGGCCAGAGCCUGCAUUGUAUGGAAGCGAGGACAUCCGUCCUCUUAGCAUAGAUGACUUCAAAUCUGCCCAUGAGCAGCAUCCUAACCUCUUUUUACUCACUGCAGGUUUACAUAGCGUUUUGUCUGAUUCAGCAAACAUGAACGAGCUUCUUCAAUGGAAUGACCUGUAUGGUGAAGGCGGGUCAAGGAAGAAGAAAGCGCUGAGCUACUUCAUGUGA